AUGAGGAGAUAUGAUCUUUUCUUAACCAAUAGUAGCAACAAUUUAUGGAUUGGUUGGCCUAAAGAAGCAAGCACUAAGGUUCCCAUGGAUCAAGGAGGCGGAGAGGGAAUAGCGAUGUACAUCGAUGCUGAGGGAACUUUCAGGCCACAAAGAUUGUUGCAGAUAGCUGACAGAAACAGAGAAGGUGUUUCUAUGAAUGAUCAUGAACCUAGAUAA